AUGUGGUUCCUCCUACUGCUCUGGUAUGCAUCAGCCCCACACCUGUCCUCCACUCAAGCGCUGGACAGGUUGAUCCUGCAGGGUGGGGAUGGUCCAUGUGAGGGCUAUGUUGAAGUCUUCCAUGGUGGGAAAUGGGGUAUUGUUGGUGACCAGAAAUGGCAGUCGGAAAAUGAGAAGGUGAUCUGCAAGAGCAUCGACUGUGGGACACCCGUAAGCUCUAAAGACAUUCUGUUGAAAAAGGUUCGGCCUAUCACAUGGAUGAACGAGGUGAAAUGCAAUGGAAAUGAGGAGUAUCUAUGGAACUGCAUGUUCCCAGGGUGGAAUAUAAGUUCUUAUAACAAGGAUACAGUAAAAAAAAUCACAUGUUCGGAUAAGAUUCAGCUUUAUGUUGAGAGUUUGACUGGGUCCAGAUGUGCUGGAACUCUCAAGUACAAAAUAACCUCAAUGGAGCCCAACAAAGUGGGCUACUUUUGUAAUCCGAAUUGGGAUAAAAAGCAGGCUGAUCUUGUGUGUGAACAUCUCAAAUGUGGCCAAUCUAAGGGUCUCCCAGCAGCCGGAAUGUUCUCACAAAUUGAGAAUCUUGAUGACUUCAAAACUAUACAGUGCAGCAACGUAGAGCAUCAGAAACAUAUCUGGCAAUGUAUCACCAAGCCUAACGUGAUGUGUACAGGACCUGUCUCCGUGAUCUGCUCAGAUCAUCACAACUUUCGUCUUCAAGGUGGAAGCAAUGUCUGUUCUGGACAGUUGGAAGUGGAAGAGGACGAAGGUGUUUGGAAACCUGUAUGCCAAAGCCAAUACAAGCUGAACAAAUCAAGGGAUGAUCUGUGCUCACACAUGCGGUGUGGCAAAAGUCACAGUCAGGAAAACCUGGUCUGUGACAGUUCCAAAAACAUCUCACUGGAUUGUACAGACAAAGUCAACAUAUCCCUGUUGAAAGAUGACCAAAGCCAGAAUGUCAAUCAUUGUUUUGGGUCAGUACACUUCAACCGCUCUGGCACCCUGGAGGCUGUGUGUUCUACUAGUUGGGAUGAGAAGGAUGGACGGGUCGUGUGCCGAGAGUUGGGUUGUGGAGAGGUUGUGUCAGUCAGCUCUGGGAGUAAACUCCAGAAAGGUGGAAUGCAUGACCAUGUAGAUUGCAAAGACUCUGAGGCUUCACUGUGGCACUGUCUGGCCAAGCAUUAUAACACCGCAACCUCAUGCAGGAAAGCCAGUGUCAUCUGCUCAGGUAGUGUGAAAGUGCGUUUGUCAGAUGGCCCUGGGAGGUGUGCUGGAAGAGUAGAGAUUCAGCAUGAAGGGGUGUGGAAGAGCGUCCGUAAAAGCAACUGGAAUGAUCAAAACUCUAGAGUGAUCUGCAAUCAACUGAUUUGUGGUGAUGCUUUGGCUGAUACUGAUUCCUUCAUUCAAGGAACGAGUCAAGUAUUGAACAAUGAGGUGACCUGUACUAGUGACUCUAAAUCUAUCUCUAACUGUAUCAAGCCAACCAACAAACGGCAACAACAGGAUAAAAACAAGAUGUUAAUCUGCCAAGAGCAUGCGGUGGUGUUUCUGAUGGGGGACUGCUCUGGCAAGGUGGGCAUAGAGCAAGCUGGGAAGACUUACUGGCUGUCUGGGUCUAACGCCACUUUUGAUCAUCAAACUGCCAUGGUGGUGUGUCAACAGAUGGACUGUGGGAAUGCUACCUCAUUUACCUUUGAAUCCACUAGUGGAACCACUGAUUUGUGGAAAUACUCUUACAACUGCCUGGAAAGGGAAGAAUCCCUUUUUGACUGCGAGCAGAGUGAGCGUCUGUCAAACCACAGUAUAGUAGUCUCUGUCGUCUGCUCAGGUAGUAAAAAAGUAAGCCUGAAAGUUGACACUAAAGACGAGGGGAAAUGCUGGGGAAAGGUGGAUGUGUGCCUCAACGGAGUGUGUGGAGGUGUUUGUGAGGAUGCCUGGACGGAUAAUAACUCCGACAUGUUGUGUAAAGACUUGGAUUGUGGAUCAGCCAUCUAUCCUCUGUCCUACCUGAGAAAAUCACAAUCAGCUUUAGACAAAAUCACCAUCAGCAGUGUGCACAGUACCCAGCAGACAACGAACAUCAGUCAGUGUAACAUGGUGAAAAACGUUGACCAGUCUUACUGUAAGGACAAGCCAGCCUACGUGGUUUGCUCAGGGAGUGUCAAGGCAAAGCUAAUGGAGCAUAGAGAGAGAUGCUCGGGCAACGUACAGAUGUUCUACCAAGGAAAUUGGCACCCUGUCUGUGAGACUGCCCUAAAGAACAAAGAUGUCCAAAACACUAUCUGCCGAGAGCAGGGUUGUGGACAUGGUGUCAAACCUCUCUUGUUCUUUGGCCCUUCAUCUGCAAACAGUGGUGCUGUUGUGUCAGGCCUCACCUGUAGUGCAAACAGCAAUUCUUCGGCAGAGUGCACAGCUAAGACCAACAGCCAACAAUGUCGUCUCGGUGGUCUCCAAUGCUCUGAAUGGAGGAGAAUGGUGUUGAAGCUAGGGAAAGGGGCUUGUGAAGGGUACGUGUUUGUAUACAGUGAAGCAGACAGUCGGCCUGUCAGCAGCGAUGGUUGGACUGAGACAGAGAGCAAGGUUUUGUGCAAAGACUUGGGCUGUGGAGCCUACAUCAAACAUGCUGUUAAGGAAAAGGCAGAUUAUGAUCUCUUGUGGGGGAAGAAGUACAGCUGUGAAGGGGUGACAAAAAGCAUCUGGGACUGUGAACUUAACGACAGGCCCUCUCAAAACCAGUCGAUCUACUUACAGUGCCAAGAUGAUCUCACAGCAAGCCUGGGAGAAACAGGUAACUGCUAUGGGCAGGUGAGGUUAAAUAACUUGCCAGUGUGUUAUGAUAACUGGGAUGACAGUCACUCCAAAAUAGCAUGUCAAGAGAAGCAUUGUAGCAACAGCAUCUCAUUCGAAAAAAUCAACAGAGGAAGUGGAGGUGAUGCACAUUUCGUCAGCUGCAUUGGCUCGGAGUCCAAUCUCGGGCAGUGCAAAACAAAAAGAGGAAAGUGUGGUAGUGGAUUGGUUUCUGUGUCCUGUGCAGGUGGAGUGAAAUUUAAUUCAACUCAGAAAUGUGGAGGGAAAAUUAAGAUACUUUAUCGAGGCACCUGGGAGUCGGUAUGUCUACCGAAUAUGGUCUCACACGGAGGUGAUUUACUUUGCGAGGAGCUAGGAUGUGGCUAUCCUCAACCUCUCCUACGGGAACAGAUUGAACAGUCAGAAGAGGAAAAAGAAGGAGAAAUAAUACUAGAGACAUCUCUCGAUUGUUCAGAGGAAAAUCACAACUUACAGAACUGCGUCAUCAAGAAGAAUGAAUGUAAAAAACCUGGUGUAAUCUACUGUAAAGGUUAUCCAAUCAAAGUGCCCAUUCCCCCGAUCCCCAUCAACUUGUAUGUUGGUCUUUCCCUCGGACUGUUGUCUCUGGUCAUGGUCGUUGCCCUCUGUCUCUUCCUGCGGAGACGAUUUGUAACCAGGUUCAAGUCGAGAUUCUCAAUGAGAAAAGAGUCUGCUUUUGAGAGUGGAGACUAUGAUGACGUAGAGACCAACGGAAGUGAACUAUUCGGACCAAUGGAAAUGAGAGAUUUGAAAUGCCACGAAUCAGAGAGUGGCGGAGACAAGGAGAAUGGCCGGCGAAGUGCUGCGUCUUCCCUGUCUUAUGACGACAUUACUGAGGAGGUCCCAGCGCAACCAUUAUCCAGUAGAGAAGAUGGAACCAGUAGCCCAGGCCCAGGUGCUGGACCUUCUGCUACCCACGAACAUGUUACCUACGAGGUGGAGGAAGAUCAACAGGAGAGCUACGAUGAUGUGGUGUCAAUGAUCACGCCAGCUGAGAUCAGAGAGGAGAUUGCAGAGGUCCAUGAGAGACCCAAGGGCCUGGCGAUCCAUGAUGACGAGGAUUACCUGGAGCCUGAUGGCUAGAAGUGAGCAACAUGGAGGCUUGACAUGAUCUGUUGUCUAACAGAACUAUGAGAGGUGAUUAUGGUGUGUUGAUGAUAUGGUUUAAAUUGGCACUAUGCAUCAUUGAAUGAUAUACAUAAUUGUUUCUACUUUAUGAAGGAAUUAGCCAGUAAUUAAAUAACUUUAAUCAUGUCAUGUAAAAUUACUACUUUAUGGUUGAUUGAAUUUGACAAAAUAGAAAAAACACAUAUUACCACAUCAAAUGUCAUCUGAAGGGUAUUAAAUCACCCAGUAUGUCUCUCAAUUUGAUUGUCUCAUGGGUCUUUAGGAUCCCAAAGUUGGAGGGGAAAAGCUGCCUGUGUAAAAAAACUCACAUUCCUUCAUAUAAUAUCGGUAUUUCUUUUUCAUAUAUAAAGAUACAAUUAUUCAAAUUUCUUGACUUUUUUUUGUCUAACAUUUGAUAUUGCUUAAAAAAAAAUCAGUUUUUGAUUAGUUUGUUGUGCCAUGGCCUGUAAAACAGAACGGAUUGACACAGAGUCAAUAGUGCCUGUCUCACCACAACACAUGUUUUCAUGAAACAUGAUCUUGAAAUGUGAUGUUUCCUUCCAUGAAGACCUGCAAAAUGAACUGCUUUUAGUGUAUGCAGCAAAGAUCAUCGCCAACAGCUGUUUUUCAAUCUUUUUUAUUCCACUUUUUUUUUUUUACUACUUUUACCAUUUAUAAAAGUAACAUUUUAAACAUUUGUAUUUUUAAUUGCAAUAGCAUUGUGCAAAAAAUCAUGUUUUUAUUCUUAUCUUCAACUUCUCAGUAAAAGGUUUCUGAAAGUCAUUUUUAUGAUCUUACAUCAAUAAUAGUAUUUUUUUUCCUUUAGAAGUUGUUUGAUGUUAAGGUUUAUAAAGUAUGAAUGUAGUAGUUAAGAGCUUCUCUGUCUUUUAUUAGUUUAAACAUGUUUGUUUAGUGUUUUGUUUUAUCUAUCAUGUUUGGGAUUUGGUGGCUGGAAUUUAAGAAUAUUAUCAAUAGGGGAAAAAAUGUAAUAUUUAGUGUAAAGUUAAAAUCAGUCGACUUAAACUUAAAAAAUGUAAACAUUUGACAUGAUGAUGAGAUAAAAUGUAAAGUAUAAAAUAUAUAAUUAAGAAUGCUGGCCCUGAUUAUGUGAUUAAAGUGUCCGAUUGUUUUUAUUAUGUAAUUCACAAAUGAAAAUGCACUGCUAUAAUAACA